AGCGCAACACGAAAAAGCAAAGCAAAACGGUGCGAGUGAACGAAAUUCGAACGGGGCAUGUGUGUGUCUCAACUCAGCUCCUACAGUGUGUUGAUGCACGCUUAUGUUGUAUGCCUUUGUUUGUAGUUGUGCGCGCGUGUGUAUGUAUAUGUGUUGCAAAAUCUAGUACUCCAACCGUAUUGUUCACUUGGGUUCAGUGUAUUUCGACGUAUGUUGUUUCUUUCAUUCCGAUCGCAUCGCGUUGUUAAAAACAAAAUGGCGUUUUGUAACUUAUUUCUUUUGAUUCGUGUAAUUCAUUCAAAUAACCAGAUAAAUUAAAAGUACGCGAAUUUUUAGUUUAAAUUAUUACUAGCUAUUCCGUUUGUGUGCCACAUAAAUGUGCGUAAAAAAAUUUCUGCUAAUCAUUUUAACAUAAGCACGGCAUCAUUUAGUUUCCAUUUCCGACAACCAAGUAAAAAAAAAAAGAAAGAACGACAAGAAGAGAGAAGAAAAAAAAAACGAAAAACGUUUUAAGUGUGAAACUAAAGAAAAAAAUUCCCAUGACGAAUGAAAAAUCGGUUGAAAAAACGAGUACACACAUUUAAAAUUCGGAGGAGCGAAUAAAAAUUAAACAAAAAAAUCAAAUAAGCAAAAGCAACAUCGAAUAGACUCUCAGAGAAAACAGAGAAAUUGAACCAACCAACAACACAAAAAAAGACACCAAUUUUCGACCACAGUCUUUUUUAUUUGCCGACUUGAAUCAUGUAAUUCUUGUUUCGUGGUUGAACAUUUCGUGUGUGGUUUCAAAUUCGUGAACAUCAAACAAACGCGGACAACAAAAUCAUCUCCAGCCGAACUGAACUGAAUUGACUGUGUGUUUUGUGGAAAAAGCAACAAACAAAAAAUAUUUUGUAAAAAUGCAAAUAAUUAUUGAAUCAAUGAGAUUACUUUUUGAUUUUUUGCAUUAUUAAGACGAGAUCGACACCGAAACGACAAAUUGUUUUCGUUCUUCUUUUUUUUCAUACACCGUUUACACUAACUUGUAGUAGUAAUAAGUGGCCGACGAGAAAAAAAAAACAGCAUCAUCAACAAGAAUAGAGAAACAAAGAAAAAUAGUGAGAGAUAGAACGAACUGAAGACGAAGUUCAAUUAAAAUUGAUCCAUCCGUACCCAAACACACACACACACACAAUCUCAUCAAUAUGGCUACGGAUACGAGACGACGUGUCAAAUUAUAUGCGCUGAACGCCGAACGCCAAUGGGACGACAGAGGCACUGGCCAUGUAUCAUCAAAUUAUGUGGACCGAUUAAAGGGCAUAUCGCUGCUGGUGCGAGCCGAAGCGGACGGUUCACUAUUGCUUGAGAGUAAAAUUCAACCGGACACUGCAUAUCAAAAGCAGCAGGAUACAUUGAUUGUAUGGUCUGAGGGUGACAAUUUUGAUUUGGCGCUCAGCUUUCAGGAGAAGGCGGGCUGCGAUGAAAUUUGGGAGAAAAUUUGUAUCGUCCAAGGCAAAGACCCAUCAGUUGAUAUAACGCAGGACAUUGUGGAAGAAUCGGAAGAUGAACGAUUUGAAGAGAUGUCAGACAGUGCACCGCCAAUUGAGCUGCCACCGUGUGAAUUGUCCCGUUUAGAGGAUAUCGCCGAGACGAUUGCAAACGGUUUGACAACGCCGCUACGAAAGGAAAAACUGGCCAUGGCCAUCGAAUCCGAGAAUUACAUAAAGAAACUACUAGGCCUUUUUCGCACAUGUGAAGAUUUGGAAAACCUUCUCGAUCUACACCAUUUAUAUGAAAUAUUUAAGAAUAUUUUUCUAUUGAACAAAAACGCUUUGUUCGAAAUAAUGUUUGCUGAGGACACGAUAUUCGAUGUUGUCGGCUGUUUAGAAUAUGAAUCAACCGACGGACCGCCACGGCAGCAUCGAAAAUAUUUGAAGCAUUUAGCCCGUUUUCGUGAGGCAAUACCCAUCAAAAAUCAAGAUCUUCUUGCAAAAAUCCAUCAAACGUAUCGUGUACAGUACAUACAGGACAUAAUAUUGCCGGCACCGUCAGUAUUCGUUGAGGAUGCGAUGCUCAAUUCAUUGGCCAGUUUCAUAUUUUUCAAUAAAGUGGAAAUUGUGACGCUGAUACAGGAAGAUGAACAGUUUCUCGUCGAAUUGUUCUCCAUUUUAACCGAUCAUAAUACCAGCGAUGAAAAACGACGCGACAUUGUGCUCUUUCUGAAGGAAUUGUGUAGCUUUGCACAAAAUUUACAACCACCCAGCAAAGAUGCAUUCUACAAAACACUCACCUGUUUGGGCAUACUGCAAGCACUGGAAAUUACACUCGUAAUGAAAGAUCAAAAGACUAAAUCCGCUUCCACUGAUAUACUCACCGCCAUCGUUGAGUAUUCCCCGUGCAUAGUGCGGAACUACACACUGCAACAAGUUGGUAAAACAGAUGAGGAACAAAUGCUUAUAAACAUUGCGAUUGAACAAAUGCUGUCCGAUUCGGAGCCAGAGUUAGGUGUUCAACUAAUGGGAGUCAUUCGAUUGCUGUUAGAUCCAGAGAAUAUGCUUACGGAGAAAACAGAUUUCCUGAACUUUUUCUACAAGCACAGCAUACAAACGCUUAUUGCUCCACUAUUACUUAACACGAUGGGUGAUACGCCACAGAACGAAGAUUAUCAAACAGUCCAGUUGCUCGGUUUGGUGUUAGAGUUGCUUUCAUUCUGCGUUGAGCAUCACACUUAUCACAUCAAGAACUUCAUUUUACAAAAGGAUCUACUGAAACGAGUUCUUGUGCUGAUGAAAAGCACACAUACGUUCCUCGUAUUGGGCGCACUUAGGCUUCUACGAAAAAUCAUAGCACUUAAAGAUGAAUUUUACAAUAGGCAUAUAGUUAAAGGUAAUUUAUUCGCACCAGUUGUAGACGCAUUCAUUCGAAAUAAUGGCAGAUACAAUUUGCUCGAGUCGGCCAUUUUUGAACUGUUUGAGUUUAUCAAAGUUGAGGACAUUCGAAGUUUAUACACAUAUGUGGUAGAAAAUUUUUGGAAAAUUUUCGACGAAAUUGAGUAUGUGCAGCUAUUCAAGCACAUAAAAGCCCGUUACGACCAACAGCAGGAGAUGCUAAAGGAGCGCGAUAAAAUUUUGGACAGUAUUCCGAUGAUCAGAAAUAUUCGUUAUAGGCGCGAUCAAAGACAGCUCGAAGAAGAAGAGGAGAUUUGGUUCAACGAAGAGGACGAUUUUUCAGAUGUUGUGCCAACGAGCAAAGCUGAUAUCGAAACAUACAGUUUUUUCUCAUCCGCAGCCGAUAAAAAUCUGAACGAAAAGAAUGGUCCAGCCAGUAAGCAACUGACGAUGACAACGACGACAACAAAUGUGCACACAUCACCGUCGUCCAAUGCAAACAGUUCACCAUCGUCAUCGUCACCAGUUCAAGAUCAAACAGACCAAAUACAGCAAGCCGAAAGUGCACAAACGCCGUCGUCGCAACUCUCCGAUGAGCCCGAACCCGAUCAAGAUCCCGAACAAGACCAAGAACAGGAUCCAGAUUCGGAUUCGGAUCGAUUAGAUCAACAACAAAGCCCGCCGAAACAGCCUCUGCCAGAGUUCAAUGACAAUAACUCGGAAGAAAAUCAUCGGAGUGAGUCGGAUUCAUCAGCGAUAGAAAAUCAUACAAGUACAGAAAGUUCAGAUGAGUCUACAAAACUGCCCGCAUCGUCUGUGUCGCUAAAAAAGUGUUUGGUGGAUUAUGAGGGUGAUUCAGACGAAGAAGAGGAUGAGGAUAAUUCACAUUUAUCAAAAAAGGCUCGCAUUGAAUAGCCCGUUUCAUCAGCGUUUGGGACGAUAACAAUUCAUCUUCCGGCGAUCAGUUAUCAACAACUUUAGGAGGCAAUUAAAGUGUUAUUUCAACAAAACAAACCGAACAGACACACGCGAGGGAUAAACAAAAAUGAACAGAAAAGAAGAAGAAAAGAAUCAAUCAUUUUUUUCUUUGAUAAAAUAAUAAACAAAAAAAAAAGAAAACAACACAAAACUUUUUUUAAUGUGCUAAUGUUGUUUUAGCAGACAAAAUAUUUUUUGUACGUAUCGUCAGAAUAAAUUGGACACUAAUAAACAAUAUUAUCAUAAUGAUUGAAAUAUCGAUAACGUAAAUAUAGAUGAAAAAAAAUGGCCAAGAGUGUCGUUUAGCAAA